GCCCUCCAUUGGUGUAGCACUUGUCUUGGGCGUUUCAUUGUGCUAGCCCGGUUGUGUCCGGGUAAGAUGGCGUUGGAAGAGCAGUGCUCGGCACCACCUCGAUGGCGGUCAAUAUCCCUAACACACGUAGAGUUCCCUGAGGAUGACCUAACAGGAGAAGUACUGGCCUACAUCAGUCUCCUACCCAUAGCAAUUCUUGUGGGUUUUGUUACGCUCAUAGUAUUCAAACGGGAACUGCACACGAUUUCAUUCUUUGGGGGGCUCAUCCUGAAUGAGGGGGUGAACUGGCUGCUGAAGCACAUUCUUAGAGAGCCACGCCCCUGUGCAGGGGCUCAUACAACCCUGAACACAGAGUAUGGGAUGCCCUCCAGCCAUUCCCAGCUUAUCUGGUUCUUUGUUGUUUACUUCUUUCUGUUCCUUUAUUUAAGAAUGCAUCAGACGAACAAUGCUCGAUGUGUGGACCUGCUGUGGAGACACAUACUGUCCAUCAUCCUGUUGGGCAUGGCCUUAUCAGUCUCAUACAGCAGGGUCUACCUGUUGUAUCACACCUGGAGUCAGGUUUUCUACGGUGGCGUGGCUGGUAGUACUAUUGGGAUAAUCUGGUUCUUCUUCACACAAGAGGUGCUGACACCAUUAUUCCCCAAGAUAGCAGCAUGGCCAAUAUCUGAGUACUUUCUGGUGCGAGACACAAGCCUAAUCCCCAACAUCCUGUGGUUUGAGUAUACAGUGACCAGAUCAGAGGCAAGGAACAGACAACGAAAGCUGGGAACAAAACUUCAGUGAUCUAUACAGUUCUUUUUGUGAAACUGAGUUUAGGACCACACACACAUGUACACACACAAAUGCUCACUCGAAAAACACUGGAGAACCAUCUUUUGGACUGACGUGGUUGCAAGGAGUUAAGGGCAAAACCGUUUACAGGUGGCGAAAGAGUGCCUGGACCUGGCCCGGAGCCUACAGCCUGAGCAAGUCCGUCCACACGCCUCUCCUUCUUGUACAGCUUGCCCAAAUGCUCUCCAAUGCAUGCAAGACUGUGCAAGAGGCAUACUAUUUAAUGAUAGAUUAAUAUAUAUUUUAACUGUAAACGCACGCUGACAGUAAUGGUGUACUGUAAGAGAUUCAAGGAGCCAAAUAAGGAGGCUUUGGUCAAGUUUUCAGACAAAUUGGUGGGUAUCAUUACAGCAUGUAUUUAGUGAUUCCUUUUUUAAAUACUCUGAUGGAUAGCUGGUGGGUAUCGCAGUAGGGGUAAGAGUGGUUGGUUGAAGCUAGUCAGACUGGGGAGGGGGUUUGGUUAUGGCUAGGAUGGGGUAAGUGGAUUUAACCGUUUUUCAUUGUUAUAUAAUAGAAAACGAACAAUUUCUAAAAUUGGUUAUAAUGUAAGAUAAAUGAAAAUUUGCACUUUGUGAAAUUUACAACUUAAGAAAAAAAACUAAUACUAGCUACAUGUUGAGACCGCCCUCUUUUCCCUAAUCAAUCUUCCUUCUGUGUCUAUGACUGUCAGUCCUAAUAUAUUAGAUUCCAAAGCUGAUUUGCAAGCAGUGUAAAUUUAAUAUACCAUCUGUACUAUUGAGCAUCAAGGUUGUGGGUUCUGUUCAUACGGGACAGUGAACUGCAACACAGUUCAGUUUCAGUUGUCAUUUUUCUUUGUCGUUCCACUCAAAAUGGACUGAGAUGGUGUUUUCUUAAUGCCUCACAUACAGUAGCAGCCUGGGAACAGCAUUCUGGGAAACUUUUUUUUUGUUGUUGAUUCAUUUUCUUAUCUUGUUUUCUGCUGCUGCAGAGAACAGUUUUCUUUUCACCUGCAUUUCCAAGAUAACAUUCCAUAUCGUUUAGUGAGAAAGCAUACAAUAUGACUGCUGAGGGGAUUUUUUUUUGUUUUUGUUUUUUGUUUUGUUUUGGACAAAAAGCCUCAGGUCAGUCGUAGCAUGUGAUUACGCUUUAUUCCUCACAACCAGGGCAGCUAAUGUUCAGAGCUGUCAAAUGGAGAUCUAAAGCUGAUUUGAAACUGUCAUAUCAUUAGCUCCACAAAGGGAAAUAGUUCUCUUAGAAUUUGAUUUUUUUUUUCCAUGUGUAACCCAUAUCAGGCUGAAUAAAAAAACAAUGUGUUUAUGUACAAAAGAGGUGGUUCACGUCUCAUACUUAAAAUAUGGUGACAACAUAAAACAUUGUGCAUACAUUUCUAUGGUUUUUGCAUUAAAGGUCGUGGUGCAUGACGAUA